GAGGAAAGGAAAUCAAAAAAUAACUAACUGGCUAAAAGGCAACGCGAAACGCGUGUCUGGAGACCCAACUAGGGGAUAUAAACAAACUGAAAGUUCUUUAAAAAUCUGCUAAUUGUUAAGGACGAGUCUACUGUAGUUAAUCAGUUAUCAGUUGCUUCGCAUAAAAAGUAGCGAAUUGUUGAGUUGAGUGUCUGUUGAAUUGCCGUCGCUGUUUGUGCGAGAAAACAAAACUGAAGAAGGCGGCUUUGGCUUUGCGGCCUCAAACUGGGCGAAUAUCGCAAAAUGACACGUGUUCGACGCAUUGUGCGCUCGACCUAAAAGUAUGCAGCAUCAUUAGUGUCAAGCUUUUGGUCAGACUUUCAGCCAGAGUGAAGCUGCGAGAGAAAGUCCAAAUCUGGGCUGCCGUCUCAUUAGGACAACAGCAAAAGCGCAUUACGAGGGUCAAACGACAAGUUCCUAAGUCAACCUAGACAACCAGACAAAGCAUUCAUAAUUACGCUCAGCAACAACAUCAACGAGAAUACAGUUGCUGCGCCUAGCAAAGAGUCAAGGCCACGCUCCACGCCAUACGCCUCACACCCCGCCCCCAAGCGCGGUUCGUAGUAAAGCAUGAGCAUAGCUUGGGCAGCAAACAGAAGUAAUUUGUGCCACUCAAAGCUCUGCAGGAUGCCGGCGAGCUGAUGCGCUCCAGAAAACCAGCAACAGCAGAAGAAGACGAAGACGAAGUCCUUUCAAGGAAGAGAGGAGACAAAUUAAGAGCACUUGCAAAUUGUUGUCGGGAAAUUGAUAUAUUCGAUUAGCAAUCUACAAAGUUGAGCGAGGACAAAGACGAAGAAGCGCAGACACGCAGCAAGAGAUAACGGGGGCAUUUUCAAUUUAUCAGUGCACAGGACACGCCCACGGACACGCCCAAACGCCCAAACGCCCACACGCCCAUCAGCAGCUGCGUUGGCAUUGUGUGAAAACAAGUAGAAGAACAUUUACAUCCUGUGCUCCACGCAUUAGCCGCUUUAAGCCGAGUCAUGCCUGAGCAGGAUAAUUACGAUGAUGAGUUGGUUUCUAGCAACCCGAAUCAACGCAACUGGCGCGGCAUUCUCAUCGCUUUGCUAGUGAUUAUCAUUGUGCUGGCCCUGAUUGUAACCUCGGUGGUGCUGCUCACGCCCCCCGAUGAGGGACCGCGCGUUAAGGGGCAACGUAUCAAGCUGCAGGACAUUGUCGAUGGACUCUACGUGCCACAGCGUGCAAAUGCCAGUUGGAUUGAUGCUGAGGAGUUUUUGUAUCAGGAUCACUUGGGACGCAUCUGCCUGCUGAAUGCAGCCAAUCGCACGGAACGCGUCCUCAUGUCUAAUGUGACAUUUAAAACCCUGGCGCCCUUCACAUUUAGCAUAUCAGCAGAUAAACGUUACCUGCUUCUGGCACAGAACGUGGCCAAACUGUUUCGACACUCGUAUUUGGCACAGUACACGCUCUACGAUAUACACACGAGCGAGGCCAUCAAAUUGCGCUACAAUUCACAGCAGGAGGAAUGGCCCUAUAUGCAUUAUGCGAGAUUUGCAAGCUCUGGAAAUGCUUUGAUCUGGGUGCACAACUACGAUAUUUAUUAUCGCCAAGAGGUUCGUGCCUCACUCGCCUAUCGCAUCACUCACGAUGCGGUGCCGGGCAUUGUCUACAACGGCAUACCAGAUUGGUUAUACGAAGAGGAAAUUCUGCAUACAAAUAAUGCCAUUUGGUUGUCGGAUGAGAGUCACCUGCUGCUCUAUGCGAGCUUCAACGAUACACACGUGCAGGAGCAGCACUUUGCCUGGUAUGGCACGACCUCCACAGGCGCCGCAGGUGGUGCUGCGACUAGCGGCACGAGUCAUGGCAGUGGCAAUGCAAAUGGAGGCGGUGGUGGCCAUGGUGGCGGUGGCUCAGCUGGCGGCACUAAUCCGCAUGCCAACUUGUAUCCGGAAAUUAGAUCCUUACGCUAUCCAAAGCCGGGCACACAGAAUCCCACAGUUACCCUGCGUGUGGCUGACCUAUCGGAUCCCCAGAAGAUACACAUCACAGAUCUAACACCACCAAAAAUACUAAAGAACGAGGAUCACUACUUUAGCAGCGCCAGCUGGGUGAGUGCCAAGGAGAUCGCUGUGGUGUGGCUAAAUCGACCACAGAACAUAUCUGUGGUUAGCGUUUGCAGGAGUCCUUCGUUUGUGUGCACUGAGACGCAUCGUGUGAGUGGCGAUGGACGCGGCUGGGUGGACACCGUCUCGGUGCCAUUGUUUGCGGCAAAUGCGAGCCUCUAUGUGGCCAUAUCACCGCUGCGCGACGGCUCGUUUGGCUAUUUCCGGCACAUCGUGCACGUGGACAUUGACAAUAAUCGGGUGCUGCCCCUCACCCACGGCCCCUACGAGGUGAAUCGACUACUCCACUGGGAUCAACUCGAUAAUUGGAUCUAUUUUUUAGGCACACCCGAGCGUUUGCCUUCGCAGCAGCAUUUGUAUCGAGUCUCAGCGUUGCCCGCUCGUCAGGGCCAGGCUCUGCAGGCACCGGACUGUCUGACGUGUCCGGCGUUAAUGCACAACAGCGAUGGCUAUGACGAGGGUCACACCAAAUCGCCGCCAAAGCUUGUAACCGCAUGGGACGAUGACUGGGAGGACUCUGAGGAGACAGAGUCGUUGCCACCGCCACCAGCUAUGCCUGUGGAACAGCAACAGCGACAGCCGCAUGCACAUGGCGGAGCUUUGCCUCCACCACCGAGCGAUUGUUUGUAUCAUGAGGCGCAGUUUCCGCAAACGCUGCGGGCACGCUUUGUACUGCUGGAAUGCCUGGGUCCAGUAGUGCCCAGUUCCAUAAUAUACGGCUUAAAGCUGGCAACUGGACCUAAGGCUAAAAAGCAGAGCCAGUCGCAGGGGGAAAAGCAGUUGCCAACAGAUGCUCCUGUCGAAGAAACCAUCGAGCCCAAGUCGCAAUUUCUCGAGCUGCUUGUCACCGUGCAAAAUAAUACGAGACUUAAGGAGAAAAUGGCAAAGGUCGCGCUGCCGCAGGUGAAAACCUUUCCGGUCAUGAUCUCUGGGGGUUACCAUGCCCAGGUCCGUCUCCAUUUGCCGCCCGUCUUGCGUGAGGAUGAGAUCACACGUUAUCCCACCAUAUUGCACGUUUACUCUGGCCCAGGCACUCAGCUGGUCACCGAUCGCUGGCAUGUCGAUUGGAACACGUAUUUGGCGGGUAGCAAGGAUUACAUAGUCAUCGAGAUUGAUGGCCGCGGCUCGUCGGGUCAGGGCUAUCAGCUGCUUCAUGAGGUUUACAAGCGCUUGGGCAGCGUAGAAGUCUCUGAUCAGCUGGAAGUUAGCGAAUAUCUGCGUGACAAUCUACAUUUCAUCGAUGCUCGCCGCAUGGGUGUCUGGGGCUGGAGCUAUGGCGGCUACACGGCUGCUCUCGCUUUAGCUGGACAGCAGUCGAUCUUUCAAUGCGGCAUCAGCGUCUCCCCGGUUACCAAUUGGAAGCUAUACGAUUCCACCUAUGCGGAACGCUAUCUGAGCUUUCCCAAUGUGACAGACAACUACAAAGGCUACGAGGAGAGCGAUCUAUCCAAAUACGUGGACAAUCUGCGCGAGCGUCAAUUUCUGCUCGUACAUGGCACAGCGGAUGACAAUGUGCAUGUCCAGCAAUCGAUGGUGCUUGCUCGAGCUCUGACCAGCAAAGGUGUGCUCUAUAAGCAACAAAUCUAUCCAGAUGAGGGGCAUAGUCUGUCGGGUGUGAAGCGUCAUCUAUAUCGAUCGAUGACUGCUUUCUUUGAGGACUGUUUCAAGAAGCUGGUGCCGCCUGAGACGAAGGCUGGACUGGGUGGAGGCGGCGCCGAAAUGCAACAGCAAUAAAAAGCAACAACAACACGGGCAACAGCAAUAAAAAUUUUUG